AGCAAUGGUCUGGAUUGUGGACGAAGAACCGAUUUUCUGGACAGUCGAUGAGAACUACAUUCCUACAAGUGAAUUGCAGAUUCGAAUGGACGUUUCUGUUGGGGUCGACUAUACUGCUUUCUCGGAAUUUGAUACAAGUUCUCCAGCAGAGCUGGUAAUACAUAACGUAGUGGUCAAGCAGGGUUACAUUGACCCUCACUUAUUAAAAGCUGCAGUUGGACAAAAAAGCACUGGAAGUAUGCCGGUGACAACGACAGCUGACGCUUAUUACGGUUCCCGGUGACGCAGAUUCCGAAAGUCAACCACCAGCGAAGAAAACAGCGUCUUCUGCGAUCUGCCUUGAACACUUUCAAUGAGCAUGAAAUGAGUAGAUUAAACUUGAAUACAACAGAUCUGCGCUUAAAUUCCAUGUACCAAAAAUUCGACUUGACUCUGCAGAAUUAUAUGAGCACUCUGGAGAUUCCUCUGGCAAGUUUAGAAAUCGGUGAAAUUCUGGGAGAAGGAGAAUACGGACUAGUUCGAAAGGGAACGGUAAAAGAUUUUCAAGGGCAAUCGUCACCCGUCCCGGUAGCCAUAAAGGGCGUAAAAGAUUUUGAUGAUUUGCAACAGCAAAAUCUGCUAGUGCAAGAGAUGAAAAUUAUGACGAAAGCCGGUCGACAUCUUAAUAUAAUUAAUCUUAUGGGAAUAGUUUUUAAAGGAGAAAUUCUUUUGAUCCUGGAGUACUGUGAAUACGGUUCGCUGCUUAACUACUUGCAAUCCCACCGUGGCCUUUAUUUCUACAAUCAGACCAGUUUAUACGGCGAGAUGGAUACGUUCAAUGACGAGGAGUUUAUGCAAAUGCAGGGCGAAGCUAAUCGCGUUCAGCAGUACCUGAAAUCGCAUGACACGUCGUUUGACCGGAACGUAAUGACGACAAGGGACCUGCUAAAGUUUGCCUUCCAGAUCAGCCGCGGCAUGAGGUACCUCAACAGCCGCUCAAUUAUCCAUCGGGAUUUGGCCGCUCGCAAUGUCCUUGUUUGCCAAGACCGUGUGGUAGCAUUACCUGUGCGCUGGAUGUCGCCGGAAUCAAUAAUUCAGCGGUUGUUCAAUCAAAAGUCGGAUGUGUGGUCAUUUGGCGUGCUGAUGUGGGAACUCUUCAGUUUGGGAGAAACGCCGUACGCAAAUAGUAGUCUUGACAUCUCGAAUCUGCUGGACUUCCUAUCAUCGUUACGCAACGGCACCCGUAUGGAACGACCAGCAACAUGUCCAGUGUCGAUCUACAGCUUAAUGCUUAGCUGUUGGAUAACAGCACCGGAAGAACGACCUGAAUUUGCUCAACUUGAAAAAGAGCUGACUACGCUAAUCGGGAACGAUUCAGCCGAAAUCUACUACAGUCUGGAUUUGCCUUAUCAGCAAUUUAAUUUAUCGCAGCAGAAUCUCCUGGAUCAUAUGCAUCUGUCGAACACGGAUGAUAUUGAUUACAUAGAUACAUCUGACUACCACAGUUUCCUGGUGCGUAUGGUUCCAAGUGAGAAUUAAACUCUUCCUUUAUCAAGGACCGGCGUCGAACAGCACGCGUGAUAAACCAGAGAAACCAUCGGCAAAAAUUUCAAUGUGAAUAUUGGUAGUAGUACAAAUUUUGG